AUGACCGAUUUACGUGUAAUUCAAUGGUCUUCUCAACCAAAAGUAAAGAAGAGGACUUCAAAUCCCUUCUUGUUGUUCCGUAACGAGUUGAAAAAGUAUUUGUCGGUGAUUAGAAAUAUGCAGAUGACUGAAGUCAGCAAGAUCGCAUCUGAACGCUGGGAGAGUCUUUCAGAAGAUGAUAAGGCUUAUUGGCAAAGAAAGUAUGAAAUAAAUCGUGAUGCAACUGAUGAGGUUGAACUUGUUGAAAUGUUGGGCAAUGAUUGCAAUCCUCCCCUUCCAGCAAAUAUUCACCAAACAAAUGACUUGUCUUAUCCUGUUGAAAACAUUCAAUUUGAAAAUUAUGAUAGGUUUUGUUAUUCUUGUCAAAACUUAAAUGAAUCCUGUACUUGUAUAGAGUACUUUCAUGAGACGAAUCAGUUAUCAUGUUAUCCGACUUAUGUUUUCUUGCCCACUUUGGAAAAUGUCGAUAUCAUCUUCAAUUCGACCGAAAUCACAAAUGAUAUUUAUAAUAAUAACUUUUUAAAUCCUUAA